AUGACCGGCCGCGGCAAGGGUGGAAAGGGUCUUGGUAAGGGAGGUGCCAAGCGCCACCGCAAGAUCCUUCGCGACAACAUCCAGGGCAUCACCAAGCCCGCCAUUCGCCGCCUGGCUCGCAGAGGCGGUGUCAAGCGUAUCUCUGGCCUGAUCUAUGAAGAGACCCGCAGCGUCCUCAAGUCCUUCCUCGAGAACGUUAUCCGCGACGCUGUUACCUACACCGAGCACGCCAAGCGCAAGACCGUCACGUCGCUCGAUGUCGUCUAUGCCCUCAAGCGCCAGGGCCGCACCCUCUACGGCUUUGGCGGCUAA